UGAGGUUGAGCCUCAGCCUCCCAAUGAGCCAAUGCCUUUUGAUCGUGCUGACUUGGCAAGUGCAGGCCUCACAAAAUAUUGAGCAUCAGAUAUUUUUUAUGUUAAGAUAUUUUAAUAGCCGUAAGAUGCUAGAUUUCAGAUAUUUUUAUUUUAAAAAAGUCUGUCCUUAAGAUAGCAUUGAAGAGAGGUGUUGCAGAGAGAGAUGGGAGAGGUGGUGUUGAGUAGUGAAGAGUUAAUGGAGAAGAAGAGUGAAGGAAUGGUGAAGUGGGAAGGGUUUUUACAAAGGAUGGCUUUGAGGGUUUUGCUGGUUGAGGCUGAUGAUUCUACCAGGCAAAUUAUAGCUGCCCUUCUCAGGAAAUCUACUUUCAGAGUGACUGCUGUUCCUGAUGGUUUGAAGGCAUGGGAAAUACUGAGAGGAAGACCACAUAACAUAGACCUCAUAUUGACUGAGGUUGAUUUGCCGUCAAUAUCUGGAUUUGCUCUUCUUACGCUAAUCAUGGAGCAUGAGAUUUGCAAAAACAUCCCUGUUAUAAUGAUGUCUUCACAAGACUCAGUUAGUACUGUAUAUAAAUGCAUGUUGAGAGGUGCUGCUGAUUAUCUUGUUAAGCCUCUGAGGAGAAAUGAGCUCAGAAAUCUGUGGCAGCAUGUAUGGAGAAGGCAAUCUUCAACCACUGGCGGAAAUGUUGAUCAAGAUGAGAGUGUCGGACAGCAAAAGAUUGAAGGCACUUCUGAAAAUGAUGCUGUCAGUAAUCAUUCCAGUGGUCAUGUGGCUUGUAUCCAGAGGAAUGAUGAAUGUGUUGAGAAAGGGAGUGAUGCUCAGAGCUCUUGUACAAAGCCGGACUUUGAAGCUGAGAGUGCACAGAUGGAAGAGAUGCAGGAUUUCUCAAGACCGUUCUGGGGAAAAUCCUUACAAAAUGAUGUAGAGAUGCUGACGCAUGAAACAAGCAUCAAUUAUGGCCAGCAAAUGCUUAUUCAUGAGAGUGAAGUUGGGGGAUCAGAAGUAGCUGCCAGCAAGGAUGCUAACAUUAGAAAUUUGGGCAAGGAUGUAGAACCAGAAAGUCAAAGGAAGGAUGUGACCUUCACCAGAGAGCCCUGUAAUGAGCUUGUCAAUUCUUCUAGAGAAGCGAUUGAUUUCAUGGGAGCAUGCAAAAAUCAGAAUUCCUGCUCAAACAAUGGAGCAAGCAGGGUUGAUUCUACUCCAGAUUUGGAUCUUUCCUUGAGAAGAUCUCAUCCUGGUGGUUUUGAGAAUCAAGUUGCAGACCAAAGGUUUACCAUCAGGCAUUCUAAUGCCUCUGCCUUUACACGGUACACUAACAGAUCUUUGCAGCCAGUACAUUCAACACUGCAUGGUGCUUGCAAUCAGCAGAAAGAAUUUGCAGCUGGCUCAGAGAAGACUCUAUCUGAUAUUGUUACUAUAAGUAACUCUGAUACUCCACUUGUGCUAAGUACUCAAAGAAGUAUCAGUUCUCUGGCUACUAGUCAAUCUAAUAAAUCUGAACGAGAAACUUUGUGCCGUCAACAGAAACCAUCUCCUGUCCCAAUUCCAGUAAAAGGUAUGAGGCUUAAUAGUCUAUGCACUGGCUAUGGCUCAGCAAUACCUCAUAUUUUUUGUGCAAAAUUGGGUCUAUCAUCCAUGCCAAGUCCUAGUUCAGCCAAUCAGCGAGAACUGACCUUUCAAGUGAACCCAGUCCAUUGCGGCAAUGUUGAAAGCAGUAAUUGCUCACAACUUUAUGAUAGACUUGGAGAAAAUGCAAUUAAUUCCAUUUCCAUCAACCAGACCAUGCAAAUGUUGAGUCACAGGUUGGAGACUCUGGAGGAUCGAGGACAUAUAUCUCCAGCCACGGAUCAGAGUGCAAGUAGCAGUUUCUGUAAUGGUGCUAUAAGUCAUCUGAACAGCAUAGGAUAUGGAAGCACUUGUGGAAGUAACAGCAAUGUUGAUCAGGUUGCUGCUGGCAGAGCUGCUGCAGAGAGCAAGAAUGAAGAAGGAUUUUGCCCCACCAAUGGAAACUCACAUCGAUCAAUCGAAAGAGAAGCAGCACUAAGUAAGUUUCGCUUGAAGCGAAAGGACAGAUGCUAUGAUAAGAAGGUUCGGUAUGAAAGUCGAAAGAAACUUGCAGAACAACGACCGAGAGUGAAAGGACAAUUUGUUCGGCAAGCACAGCCUGAUUCGACGAUGGCAGAAUCUUAGAAUCAGUGUGGUAAUUCACUUGAGGGGUGGCUUAUAAACUUAAUAGGAUAGAACUUUAGAUUAGAUCUUACAAAUCUUUUCAGUGGCUUGAUGUAACAUGUUUUUGCAGUCUAUUUUCCUCAUGUUUGUGUAUAUGGAGAUUACCAUGUAUCCAUGGUAAAAGUAGAGCUGUAAUAUAUAUAUAUAUAUAUAUAUAUGUUUCAAUUCAUUUGCUUUA